ACUUUCUUGUUCCGCUAUUGGCGACAUUGCGCGAUUUACUAGUGACAUUUUUAUUAUCGUAGCAAUUUUUUUAUAAACACUAGUGGUUAUUCUUUACGAAACCUACAUUAAUUAUCAGUCCCUUCCAAUUACAUAAUAUUUCCACAAGAGAGAUGGGGGGACACGGCCAUGGGCACGGACACGAACCUUACACAAUCCCUGAUUACAAAAUCUACAAAGUUGAGGAUAUUCCCGAAUUAAUGAACACCAAAAGGGCGUUAGCUUGUCAAGGUCUGAAGGACCCUUGGCUUCGCAACGAAGUCUGGCGCUACAACCCUAAGGAAUUUGGCACGGAAAAAUCUAGAUUUCGACUUUUCUUCUAUAGAGGGUUCAGAACCGGCUUUGCCGCCUUCCUUAUAACCAUUGCUGGUACUGCCAUUUACGACAAAAUGUACCCCUCUGAGCACGGCCACCACGGCGAUCAUUAAAACACAGUUGUGCUUGUAGUAACUUGUAAUUGUUUAAAUAAAUGUAAAUACAUAA